AGUGCAUGCUCGAAAACCAUGCUCGACCUCCCAAACAAGAGCAAUGGAAUCAAUUGAUUUGAUUAUAUGCCUUGUGAUAGGGUUGCCUUUUGACGAGGCGUUUGAUCGGUACAUUUCGGCUGCGCAUGUAUUAUAUUGCCAUAUAUAUUGUUUUUUUGCUGUAUUGAUUUCUAUGCAUUGAUUGGUCACGUGAAAUGACACGCCUAUAAAGGACCCUCCGGAAAAAGGGUUGGCCUUUCUAGGGCUUCUACAAAAUGGCGGACAAGGCGCGAAAGAGGGCAGCAUUGUUCAAAGCUGAAGAACUGAACGUUCUGCUUGAGGAGGUGGAGGCAAACAAAGGCCUCUUAUGUGAUCGCUUCAAAGGUGCCCACGUCAACAAGCAAAAAGUUAAGAAGUGGGGAGAAAUAGCUAAGAGAAUGACUGCGGUCGCUGGUAUCACUAGGUCCGAUGUUGACGUCCGGAAAAAAUGGCAAGACUUUUCCAGUCUUGCCAAAAAGAAAGCGUCGGAAAUUCAAGAUCAAUCCAAUUGGACUGGUGCCCCCGUGCACAGGGUGCAGGCCCUCAACGACGAUGAAAAGCGAGCCAUGGCCAUCAUAGGCUACUCAGUCUCCCAAAGCCUAACCGGGGGAGUGGAUAUCCAUGCGGGUAUCAAGGAAGAGGCAGAUCCUUCAGGUGAGCAAUGGAAGGAGGAGGAGCAACCAAGGAUCCCCCGCCAGUCCACCCCGGCUAUCCCCACCUUCAUUCCCGCCAUGACGCCCCUGCUGACCACGCCUACCCCUUCCACCGUCUCAACUGCCACCGCCUCCGUCAUGGUGGAGUUGGAGAGGGAGAAGGUGGCUCUGCUCAAGGACGUGUGUGGUCUUCUCCGGGAAGCCUCCGAGCGAGACGCUAAAUAUCAGCAAGAGGUGAUUGUGCUGAAGAGGGCCAAGUUGGACCUCAUGGCACGUCAGCUUGCCCUCCAGGAGGAGCGGUUUGAAGCAAAACCUUCCAUAAUUACCCCGGAGCAACAAGAUGGCGACGCCGACGGGUCAUGACGGGUAGGACCGCAUGGCUAUCCAUCCCCCGGGGAUGCCAUGGGAGGCGGAGAAGCCUAUGAUGCCCAUGGUUUGUCCUUCCUUAUCGUUGAGGGACUGCACCAUGUUCACCCCCGCAUCCGUCUAAUUGGUUUGAUGUCGAACUUCCGACGCUUUCUUUUUCGCUCCACAUCGGACCUAGUGACCGCAGUCAUUAUCAGUUAUUUCCCCCCCACACUUCUUAAAAUGUUGCUUGUUGGUGUGGGCACAUUUGAACCGUUUUUUCUUUUGAGUUUUGAAAUAAAAAAAAAAACGUGGUUUUUCAAACGAUGUGGAAACACAGGCAAUGAUGUUUUGAUUUUUGAAAUUGAAAUUAACUGUCUAACAUUACCGAGGGUCUGUAAAUGUGUUACGUGUCAAAUUAACAUUAUUUGUUGCCAGGUUUUAUUAAUUAGUGUCGGAAUAGGCCUAUAAAGUGCAAGUGGCAAUGCAGUAGGCUACGUCUGUGCGAGAGAGAGAGAGAGACGCCUUGUUGCAAUUAAUGCCAGAAUCCGGGAAAUCUUUGACCCCCUCGAGGUCUACAAUGACGCGGCAUUCAUCCAGACAGCUGCUUAGGACGAUCAGCGAAGACCUGAGACGCGCUCGCACCGCAAGCACGGCUCUUGGCCGCCCUCAGGUUCUAUGCCACAGGGAGCUUUCGGCAGGUCGUCGGAGAGGGCCAGGGCCUGUCCAAGGCAUCAGUGUGCAGGAUUGCUCCAGGCAGUGACGUAAAGCCUCCUUCGACCGGUUCCGCAGCACGUCCGUUUCCACACCAGAGACGAGAUGACUGCGACCAAAGAUACAUUUUUGUCGGUCGUUCUUUAUGCCGCUGUGAACUGCCAGGUGGUGUGCGACCAUCAGGGCAUCAUCCUUGAUGUUGUGGCGAGAUGGCCUAAAGAAGCACACGCACACACACACACGAGUCGACUCCUUCGUCUUCCGCGAGUCCUCCAUCGGCCGGCUGGCUGCAGCCUCCAGGGGAGAGUGGGGGCUCCUCGGAGACGGGGGCUAUCCUCUUCGCCCUUACCUCUUCACACCUGUGGCUAACCCGGGAGACGACCAUGACAAAGACUACAACGAAGCCCUCCGUCUGGGCCGGUGAAUCGUAGAUCGCACGAUCGGGAGGUGGAAGUUGCGCUUCAGAUGCCUCCACAAGUCCGGCGGAGGGCUCCAGUUUUCGCCAACCUGUCCAUGCGCUGUGUGUGACAGCAAUGUUGCACACAUAACAUUGCAGCUAAGGCUGGGGUAGCGUUGGGUGAACCGGAGGACAAUGAAGACAAUGAUCCGUUUGAGGAUCUUCAUCGUCAUGUCACUACACAUAAUUGUCAACGUGACCAAUCCCCACCAUUUCGCACCAUAUCCCAGCCCUUUGCCUGCUCUUUUUAUUUUGUUUCACGUCAUUUUAGGCUAGGUUUUAUGAGAUCCCCCCCCCACUUUCUCUCACAUUGAGUUCCCUGCCUGCUCCAACAUUUUCUGGACUGUCCCGCUUUAUUUUCACGAUCCACUUAGGCUAACGAUGCUUUCGGGAAACGGGCCCCUGCUGAUGGCAAGUCAAUGUAAUGUCAGUUUGAAUUGAUCAAAUGUCAACUUUUAGUGCGAACGAAGAAACGCUAUCUUUAAAAUACAGGAACUACAUCUUAAAUGUCAGUGGCUAGGCCUACCUAUCAACAGCUGUGUUCGACCGUUGAUUGCAGUUUGCGUGGCGAUCUAGUUACCAGCGUUAGAACAUUCAGCCUUCCACAGAACACAACUCCAACUGAACAU